GAGACGAAGGACAUCAUAUUACGCGCCUUCUCUCCGCACGUGUCCAUCUUGGCCUCAGAAGAUACAGAAGAGUUGAUCCGGCACAAAGGCAUUCAUGGCGGGCUGCUGGAAUUGCUUCGUCCUUUUGGCAAUCAUGUGCCAGGAAAAGUCACGAUACGGGAUAGUACGGGGGCGAGUCGAUCAUGGGAGGACUUUGCCAUCCGCUUCGUGGGUGUGAAGGACGGUCUUGAGAAUCCCCGCGCCUCGACGCCCAACGAUCGAACCAGUGAUGUUCCACAGGUGGAAGAGCUGGUCGAACGGCAUCUCACCUUCUCGGAAGAACAAUCCGGGCCGUUCCAACAACCAGACUAUCUCAACUUCAAGGAAGCCUCGGCCAAUACAACCUCCCCCACGGACCCAUCGCCCUUCUACCUGCUCUACCUGCGCCGACUCCUGUCUGGCCUCCCUCUUGUGCCCAGCGAAACCCUAUCCCAUCCCAUCGCCUCCAUCAUAGCCAUCUCCUCCCGCUCUCAAAGUCCCAUCGAGGACUUGCGCACCCUCUACGCCUCCUCCAACACCGGCUCGCACCGCCUUCCUCACUGGGUGCAUAACGAGUUCCUUCGCUACUACGUCCUCAUCCACGACGAGGACUACGAUGACAUGAACAAAAGCAUGCAGCUGUACGAGCAGAUGAAGCGGCAUUUCGGCUUGCACUGUCACCUCCUCCGGUUGAGGACCGUGCCGGCUGUCAGUGACAGCGUGGACGAGGUCGUGCGAUUAGGGACGGGGAUGGAAUGGAUGGCUGCAGCAGAAGAAUUGGCCGAGAUCACCCGACUGGAGAAUCUCGAAGAAGAGGAUGACGCCAAUCCGAACGAUGAUCGGGGUGAAGAAACCCACACAGUCCUGCAGCCUUACGUUUUCGAAACGGACGCCACAAACAUCCGCGCCUUUGUCCGCGAAAUGGUAACGCAAUCUCUGAUCCCGAGCAUGGAACGAGCCUCCGCAACAUGGAACGACUCCGUUGCUUCUCGACGCCGCGGCCUCAGUGGUCGCUUCAUGUCGCUUUCCAAGCGCUUCACCACCUUUGGCGGCUCCGGAUCAUAUACCAAUCGCACGUCAUCCGUGCCUUCACUGACUUCCGGCAGCACGGGCAAUUACGACAGCUUGCAAGGCUUCUAUCGACCCGAUGCGCCCGAAGCGACAAUGAGACGGCUGGCAGAUUACUCGAUGAUGCUCCGCGACUGGAAGCUCGCGCAAAGCACCUUUGAAAUUCUCGGACAAGACUUCAAGACCGACAAGGCGUGGCGGUAUUAUGCGGCGGCGAAUGAAAUGGCUGCUGUGGCGACGCUCAUGGCUGGCGGUGGUGCGAAAGAACCCAAGAUACGAGUGGACGCGGUCGAUCAGCUGCUCGAAACUGCCUACUACUCUUACAUCACGCGUGCAAGUGCGCCGUACUACGCGCUGCGGACUUUGCUGCUCGCCGUCGAACUGCUCAAAUUAAGAGGCGGAGGCGUGGGAUUGGAAGCAGCGGCGAAGUGGGCGGAGAAGAUUCUUGACGAUCGACUUACUGGACCGGUAGGCGCCGUGCUGGUCAUGGAGCGCAUUGCGUCCUGCUACUCGGAGCGGAAGAAUGCUCUGACAGCCGAGAAAAGCGGGGAGAAGCAGCGCAAAGCAGCCUUCUGGAACGUCAUGGCCUGCGACGCAUGGCUGCGUCUUGAGAAAGGCACGCGAGCUGAAAGCUGCCUCGAGCAAGCAACGAAAUUAUAC